AUGCUGGCAACGAGAAUAUUCGCCCGGUCGCGGCAAGCCUUCCAGUCGCCUAGUCUACGCACAUUCUCAUCAAGCCCGAUCAAUGCCAAGUUGAAGCUCGCGUACGACUUUUAUGAAGCCGAGAAGCCCGAAACCAAGAAGGAUCCCAUUGUCUUUAUCCAUGGCCUCUUCGGAUCCAAGAAGAACAACCGGAGCAUGAGCAAGCACGACUACACCGCUCUCGCCGAGGAUGUCGAGGGUUUCCUGCAAGAACACAAGAUUGAGCGUCCUGCUCUGAUCGGCCACUCCAUGUACGUCUUGCACGACUAUACCACGCUCAGAUGCCGUGGAACAAUGUUGACUGUGGACAAGNNGGGCGCCAAAACAGUCAUGGCAGUUGCUUUGCGCGGUAAAGUGCCCAUCGCCAGUCUGAUCCCCGUCGACAACGCACCUGUCGACGCAGCCUUGAAAAGCGACUUUGGCAAGUAUGUACAGGGCAUGCGCAAGAUUGCCGACGCAAACGUACAGAAGCAGUCCGAGGCCGACGCUAUUCUGGCCGAGUUCGAGUCCAAUGUCGGCGUGCGUCAGUUUCUACUCACCAAUCUCGCCCGCGGCAAGGAUGGAAUCCAGAGGUUCCCCGUCGUCGAGUUUUUGCAGGACAAAGAGUAG